AUGACGAUGAUGAUGAAUGCGUCCUACCUGGCAAAAAUAUCAAGAAAGGCUGAUGAAAUUGCUCAUGAAUGUGAGCGAUGUGGGGCCCCUGGACCUCUUGUUUUAUUUUUAGGGUUUUAUUUCCUUGAAUUUGGACAGGGAAGCAUACAAUUACAAACAAAUCACGAAAAUCCAUUUUCUGAAGGGGAUGUUGUGCAGUUGCAGUUUAGUGGAAACAUCAGACGUAUUUCUGCGUUAACGAAAGGUGUCAGAUGGUGCAAGAAAGAAUCUGGGACAUUCAAGCCCAUCAGCCUACAAGAUUCUCCCAUUAUGACUUUAGUACCUAGCGGCCAAGAUGGAUGCACUCAAUUUUCUUUAAUAUUUUAUCACAUUACACAAAAUGACACAGAUCUGGAAAUCAUGUGUGAUAUGAAAAGCUCUAUUUACGAUACUGAAUGUCGGGAAUAUAGUAAUACUCCGAAAAUUUUGAUAAACACAAGCAUCGAAACCAAAGGCAAUGAAUGGAGAUUAUCACCAAUAAUAAUAUACGACAAAGAUGGCAUCAUCAAUUCACAUAAUUUCACCAUGCAAGGAAGUGGUAAAACAAUUCAACUACUUUGUAUGGCAUCUACAUUCUCUGCAACAAAAUUGGCGGUAUUGAACUGGUGUGUCAGAAAGAAUGACCAAGUCAUCUGGAACAAAAUAGUUCUUCAAGAAGAGGAAAUAAGCUUCUGGAAACAAUUCCGGAGAAUCAGUAAAAUUCAGCAGGAUAAUCUACCAUAUAAAACAAUAUGA